AAAGAAAAUUCAGACAAACUCUUGAACAUUUUGCUACAUAGUAGUUGGUCAUCUCAGGAAUUUUUUGACUUAUAAAUAGUAAUAUAAUCGAUCUGUUUGAAAGCCGAGUGUUAACUUAUUUCCUCUCCUCUCCUCUCCUCUCUGGCUUCUAUGUAUACAAUGAGGAAUAAACCUUUCAUUGCAGCCAUUUUGCUGCUACUUCGGCUUUUGUGUAGCCUACAACAUAUGGGUGCACAAUCCAUAGGUGUGUGCUAUGGAGGAAGUGGCAAUGCAGACAACCUACCACCUGAGUCGGAAGCUGUAAGUCUCUGCAAAACACAAAGCAUUGGCAAGAUGCGCAUUUACUCUCCAUAUCCAGAAAUUCUCGAACCCCUUAGAGAUUCCAACAUAGAACUCAUCGUUGGCGUCCCUAAUGACAGCCUUAAAGACCUUGCCGACCCUUCAGCUGCAGUUGAUUGGGUCCAGAGGAACAUUAAAGACUAUUCUUCCAAUGUCAAGUUCAAGUAUAUUGCCGUUGGAAACGAAGUGAAUCCAAUUGGUGCAGCAGCUCGGUUUGUUCUUCCAGCAAUGCAAAACGUUUAUAAAGCAAUUGCAGAUGCUGGUCUACAAAACCAGAUCAAGGUCUCAACCGCGGUGGACACAAACUUGUUGGGUGUUUUUGAUCCUCCAUCGGCAGCUGCUUUCAGUGCCAAUGCAGGGCCAUUCAUGGAGCCAAUCAUUGGUUUCCUGGUUAGCACUGGAGCGCCACUUCUUGCUAACAUCUACCCUUAUUUCAGAGUAAAAUACAACAACCAACCAGUCCCCUAUGCCUUAUUUAGUGCAACGGAUGUUGUUGUACAAGAUGGCAAACUAGAGUACCGAAAUCUCUUUGAUGCCUUGAUGGACGCUUUGUAUUCUGCUAUUGAGAAAACAAAUGGAAGAAGUUUGGACAUUGUGGUGUCAGAGAGUGGUUGGCCAUCUGCUGGAGGUGCUGUGGAAACCAUUGAGAAUGCAGGCACUUAUUAUAGGAAUUUGGUUAAUCAUGUGAAAGGAGGGACUCCGAAAAGGCCCGGAAUGGCCAUAGAAACUUAUUUGUUUGGCUUGUUUGAUGAGAACUUGAAAGAAGAGGAAAUUGAAAAACAUUUUGGUCUAUUCUAUCCUAAUAAACAGGCCAAGUAUGGUAUUAGUUUCAAUUGAAAGUGAGACAAUGGAGUGUGGUAAAAGUCUCUUGAAACCACUAUUAUAAAUAAGAGUGGUUUAAGGCCAAGUCGCCUUCUGCUGCAUCAUGUAUGAAAUAGUAUAAAAGAGGGCUUACAUGUUAUAGUUUCCAUACAAUAUCUUUCCCCUAUGUUUCCCUUCCCAAUAAUUCUGAGUAAUGAGGAUUUUAUACUCCAUUAAUUUUGCUGCAAAUUGUAAGCCAAGUUCAUGAGUACUGGGGUGGCGCGC